AUGAAGUGAAAAAACAAAGAAAAAUUGCAAAAUUGAUGAGGAAAAAAGAUCAAAGAAGGGAUUGGAAGGAACUAGAUUUCAUGAGAGUGCCGACCCCUCGCAUUUUCUGGGAUCAAAUGAGUGUCAUUAGUUUUCUAAACUUUGGUCAAAUUUCAGUUGGGUCCCGAAAAGAGGUUAUCCGUACAAAUUUUUCCGAAAAUAUGUAUUUUCCUAAAAUAAAUAUGAAAAAGUUUAAUACUUACAAAAAUUGGGGAAAAAAAAAAGAAAAGAAAAAAACUUGGCAAAGUAUAAUUGAGGUACAAAGCAAAACCUAAGGCAAAAGUAAUGUUAAAAAACCACUUGGAAGCGGCCUCACCUUUUUGCUCUGUUUGUUUGAUACGCAACAAAUUGGAAAGAACUUUAGAAAAAUCCAAAGAGUGAGUGAAUGAAUGAGUGUGCGUUUAUGCGAUCAACAGAAGAAAACAGAGCAGACGACAACAGUUCUUCCCACUUGUCUUCUCUCCUCCAAUUUCUAAUACUCUCUUUCUCUCUAUACUCUUCUUCAUCUGGGUUUCUUCUUCUGAUUCUUGCCAUUUUCUGGGAAUUUUUGUUUUCGCUUGAUUCUUCUUUCACUCUAUUCGAGAUCUUUAUCAAAGUUGUGAGAAAAAAUGAAUGCCAAAGUUCGAGCCAACAUUCAAUUUCAGAUACAGAAACCGUCGAUUCUUGACAAACAGGAGGAAAUGAAAACAGAGAUGGUUGAUGAAAAAGGUGGAAUCAAGAUCAAUAAUAGACCAGGAUUGAACAGAGAGAAGAAAAUGGCAUUGCUUCAAGAUGUUGAUAAGCUGAAGAAGAAGUUGAGACAUGAAGAGAAUGUUCACAGAGCUUUGAAGAGAGCUUUCACUAGACCUUUAGGAGCUUUGCCUCGUCUUCCUCCUUAUCUUCCUCCAUCGACACUUGAGCUUCUUGCUGAAGUAGCUGUUCUCGAAGAAGAAAUUGUUUGGCUUUCAGAACGCAUUGUGAAUUUUCGACAACAUCUUUAUCAAGAAGCUAUCUUUGUCGACGCAGUUGAGAGUAUCUCAAUGAGAAGUUUACAGUACGAUCAAUCAAAAUCUUUAGUUUCAGAUGAGCUGAUCAGUUCACCAACACCGACGACAUAUCGACUUCAACCAGGGAAUUAUUCUGCUAGGCUCUUGAAUGCCCAGCAAAGCUCUUGGAAAUCCAAUUCACCUUCAAAGGAAAAUCAGUUUUCUUCUUGUUAUGUGAGAGAUAAAGUUUCUCCAGAAAAGAAAACCACCAAAAUUGUUAGUUCAUCCAAGAAAACUAAGACACCAACCAACCGUGAAGCUGUAGAGAAGAGCUUAGAUGCUUUGAAGUUGCAAGUUUCAAUUGAUUGUUACUUUGUACCAUAAUCGCAAAUUAUACUUGGAUGUGGGGCUUGCAAAGUAUGCCUUUGUGUAAGAAUAGUUUUGAAUACUUUUUAGCUUCCCUUUAAAAGUUAGAUGUUGAUAAUUCCAUCGAAAUUCUACCUUCUUGAUUUUACAUCGAUUUUGGAAUUUCCAUACUUAUGCCAAAAAAAAAAAAAAAAAUUUGACUUACCUUAAAAAUUAAUGUUAUAUGACCUUUUGUU